CCCACUCUCACUCACACACUCUCACACACACACUCGCAUGCACUCGCACACACUCUCACAACAGCACAGACAUAAACAUGCUUUAGAAGCCUGGUUUCUGAUUGCACCACAUGCUGGAGGGAUCUGGUAACUCCAACGGUUUGAUGUGGAUGGUUUAAGGUGGAUGAUUUUAGGUGGAUGAGUGUCUGAUUAUUAUAAGAGGAAGAAGAGGAAGAAGAGGAGGGUCUGAACAGUCAUUGCUCUGUUUGGAGGAGAGUCAUAGUGGUUGGUUUCAGGAGGGAAAAGCCUCAUGUGCCUGGAUCUGCUCUGCUCUGAUGUAGGAGAUCUGUGCAUGGUGAACUCGGCUCUGCUGCAGCAGUCGUCUCCAGUCUCGAACCUGUUCUGCCAAACCUGACAGCAUGUCCGGUGCCUACGACGAGACUGCAGGGCCUGACGAGGCCACAGACAGCUUCUGGGAGGUUGGGAACUACAAGCGCACAGUGAAGCGGAUCGAUGACGGUCACCGGCUCUGCAAUGACCUGAUGAACUGUAUCCACGAGCGUGCCAAAAUUGAGAAGGCCUACGCACAGCAGCUAACAGACUGGUCCAAGAGAUGGAGACAGCUGGUGGAAAAAGGGCCUCAGUACGGGACGGUGGAGCGAGGAUGGAUCACGGUGAUGACAGAGACGGAGAAGGUGAGCGAGCUCCAUCAGGAGGUGAAGAACAAUCUGCUGAAUGAGGACCUGGAGAAGGUGAAAAACUGGCAGAAAGACUCCUACCACAAACAGAUCAUGGGAGGCUUUAAGGAGACCAAAGAAGCAGAAGAAGGAUUUAAAAAGGCACAGAAACCGUGGGCCAAAAAACUCAAAGAGUUGGAAACAGCAAAGAAAGCAUACCACAUGGCCUGCAAGGAGGAGAAGCUGGCUUCUACUCGAGAAGCUAACAGCAAGGGAGAGACCCCCGCCCCUGCAGAGCAGCAGAAGAAGCUUCAGGAGAAGGUGGAAAAGUGCAAAAACGAUGUUCAGAAGGCCAAAGAGAAGUACGAGAAGGCUCUGGACGAGCUGGGGAAGUGCACGCCGCAGUACAUGGAGAACAUGGAGGCGGUGUUUGAGCAGUGCCAGCAGUUCGAGGAGAAGAGGCUGAGCUUCGUCCGGGAGGUGCUGCUGGACGUCAAGCGCCACCUUAACCUCACCGAGAACCAAAGCUACGCCACGAUCUACCGGGACCUUGAAAGAACCAUCACAUCUGCCAGUGCCCAAGAAGACCUGAAGUGGUUCAGCAACAACCACGGGCCAGGCAUGCACAUGAACUGGCCACAGUUUGAGGAAUAUAAUCCAGACCUGACCCAUGCCAUUAGCAAGAAAGAGAAGGUGAAAAAGAACCAUGAUGGAGUCACACUCACUCAUGUCACACCUGCUGGAGAUCACGCAACACCACCGACUGGAGACCGGGGCAGUGUGAGCAGUUAUGAUAAGAAUCAGGGCUAUUCAGCCGAGUGGUCAGAUGAAGACCAGCCUGCAGCCCAGCAAGCCGCUGAGACCAAUGGAGGAAACAACCCUUUUGAGGAGGACGUGAGCAAAGGGGUUCGGGUUCGGGCGCUGUACGACUAUGAAGGACAAGAGCAGGACGAGCUCAGCUUCAGAGCAGGUGACGAGCUGACCAAGCUAGAAGACGAAGAUGACCAAGGCUGGUGUAAAGGACGACUGGACAGUGGUCAGCUUGGCUUGUACCCAGCCAAUUACGUUGAGCCUAUUUAGUUGCCUUGUUUGGAGGACGGCCUUCUUUCCUAAGGGGCCUAAAAGACUGCACUGUCCACUGCACACAUAACCAGAGACUUCCCAGCACUAUCCACCAGGAGAAGACUGGCUGAGAACUGUCCACCAUAAACGUUCCUUCUAUAUCUUAACUGUGAAAAAAGAACAUCACCAUCACAAAACAACCCAGAGAGUAUACCCUCAGUAUACUGUAUCUACUGUGUCCGUCCACGAGGUUUGGGUACUCCGAAAUGAAGAGUCCAUAUCUAACAUAUCAGUGUGAGGGGACAGUUUUGUGUCCCCUUCAACCUGUGUAAAGUUAUGUGCAGCUGGCGUACGUGUGCAAAUAUGUUCUCCUGUAAAAACUGUUAUUAUAUUGUACUCCAUGAAGCCUAGCGUAGCAAGAAUGAGCUAUGCGCUGUGUAUAUUUAAGGACUUUUGCGUGUGGCAGUGACAGUCUGAGGACUGAACCUGGUAUGGCCCUGCUUAAGACAUGCAUUUACAUUCCUUUCUUACCAUUUAUUUAUUGAUUUGGGGACAUUCCUUGUUGAUCGGAGGUGUAUCUGAUCAUGUGAUCAUGUUCUUACCUCCCUGUAUACGCAGUCACGUAUGUUUCGGCAUGUGCUACAGUGUUUACACUCCACUCGGAAUGCUGCCUGCGCUGGUUUUAAUCUGCCUUACCGCAAAAGGACUGUGAACCUCUGGCACCGGCUUGUGUUCUUCAGGUACUUCCACGGUGUGCUAUCGUCUUCUUUAGUACUUUCCUUUUGCCCAUAAACACUUGGUCCCACUUGUCUCUGAAGACACUCUGUAACUCAAAUUUUACAUUGUUAUUACAUUGAUUAUUAAUGUGUAAUUACACGGUUAUUUGAGGCAUUUACUUCUGGUGAUGUGUGCACUGUUACUGUGUUAUUACCAUUUAAUAACACUAAUCAAUGCUGGAGUUAAUUGAAUUACAUAAGCUCUAUAACUGUAGUCCAGCAGUGACAAUGAGGCCAUCACCAUUAGUUACAUUGUUAUAGCAUGGAUUAUUAAUCCACAGUAAUUACACAGUAAUAAGCGGCACAGUUAAUCAGGUCUCACUUUCUAUUAACUGUCUCAGAAGAUACUCUAUAACUCGAAUGUUUCAUUGUUAUAACAUGGAUUAUUAAUGUGUAACUACACAGUUAUUUGAGGCAUUCACUACUGGUGUAAUUACAAUUUGAUUACACAAAUCAACCCUGGAGUUAAUUAAAUUACAUAAGCUGUACUAUUGUAGUCCGUUGAUAACAAUGAGGAUUUCACCAGUAGUUACAUUGUUAUUACAUGGAUUAUUAACAUGUAAUUACACAGUUAUCUGAGGCAUUUACUGUUGGUAAUGUAUGCACUGUUACUGUGUAAUUACUGUGUAAUUACACAAAUCAAUGCUGGUGUUAACUGAAUGAUUAUAUAAUCCCUAAUAUUGUAGUCCAUCAGUAACAAUGAGGAUAUCACCAGUAGUUACAUUGUUAAUACAUGUAUUGCUAAUGUGUAAUUACAUUACAUUAUUUGAGGCAUUUACUACUGGUAACAUGUGCACUGUUACUGUGUAAUUACUGUUUAGUUACACAAAUCAAUGCUUGCAUUAAUUGAAUGACUACAGCAGCUGUACUAUUGUAGUUCAUUGGUAACAAUCAGGACAUAUCCAGUAAUUAUGUUGUUAUAACACAGAUUAUUAAUGUGUAAUUACACAGUUAUUUGAGGCAUUUACUACUGGUAAUGUGUGCACUGUUACUUUGUGAUUACCAUUUAAAUACACAAAUUAAUGCUGGAGUUAAUUAAAAGAUUACAUAAGCUCUAAUACUGUAGUCCAUCAGUAACAAUGAGGAGUUCACAGUAAUUUGAGGCAUUUACUACUGGUGAUGUGUGCACUGUUACUGUGUAAUUACUGUUUAGUUACACAAAUCAAUGCUGGAGUUAAUUGAAUUAUAGAAGCCCUACUUUUGUAGUCCAUCUGUAGUAACAAUGAUUAACAUUAUUAUUAUGUGGAUUAUUAAUGUGUAAUCACACAGUUAUUUGGCACAUUUACUACUGAUGAUGGGUGCACUGUUACUGUGUAAUUACCAUUUAAUUACACAACACAAUGAGGACAUCACUAGUAGCUAUUACUUGCAUUAUUAAUGUGUAAUUACACAGUUAUUUGGGAAACAGUAAAUCAGGUCUCACUUUCUAUUAACUGUCUCUAAAGAUACGAUGUAACUCGAAAUGUUACCUUGUUAUUACAUGGAUUAUUAAUGUGUAAUUACACUGUUAUUUGAGGCUUUUACUACUGGUGAUGUGUGCACUGUUACUGUGCAAUUACCAUUUGACUAUACAAAUUAAUGCUGGAGUUAAUUGAAUUACAUAAGCUCUACUAGUGUAGUCCAUUGGUAACAAUGAGUACUUCAUUAGUAGUUACAUUGUUACUACAAAGAUUGUUAAUGUGUAGUUACACAGUUAUUUUGCGACAUUUAAACAAAUCAACGCUGGAGUUAAUUGAAUGACUACAUGGCUACAUAGGCUGUAUUAUUGUAGUCCGUUGAUAACAAUUAGAACUUCACUAGUAAUUAUGUUGUUAUUACUUGCAUUAUUAAUGUGUAAUUACACAGUUUUUUGAGGCACUUAAUAUAAAGUGUGACCACACUAUAGUCUAAUUAUUUUAAUUGGUAUUGUGGCUAAUAACUGUGUAAGUACACAUAAUAAUUCCUGCAGUAACAUUAGUGUAACUACUUGUAAUGUGUGUAUUGCUACUUUGUAAUUACUGUUUAAUUACCAAAUCAACGCUGCAGUUAAUUGAAUGAUUACAUAAGCUGUACUAUUUUAGUCCAUUGGUAACAAAGAGGACAUCACUAGUAAUUAUGUUAUUAUUACUUGCAUUAUUAAUGUGUAAUUACACAGUUAUUUGAGGCACUUAAUAUAAAGUGUGACCACACUAUAGUCUAUGUUUGUUCAGCUAAUUUUUUCGAAGACGUUUUCUGGAAGUGUCAUAAAAGUGUCAGACUUGCGUCCUCUUUUUUCUAAAGAAAACAUAAUUAUUUUAAUUGGUAUUGUGGCUAAUAACUGUGUAAGUACACAUAAUAAUUCCUGCAGUAACAUUAGUGUAACUACUUGUAAUGUGUGUAUUGCUACUGUGUAAUUACUGUUUAAUUACCAAAUCAACGCUGGAGUUGAUUGAAUGAUUACAUAAGCUGUACUAUUGUAGUCCAUUGGUAACAAAGAGGACAUCACCAGUAAUUACAUUGUUAUUACAUGGAUUGUUAAUGUGAAACAACACAGUUAUUAGCGAGACACGGUCAAUCAAUUUAAUUUAAUUUAAACACAACGAAAAAACAUCACAUUAACAUCCCCUUUUUGACUAAGAAAAAAUACAGUCCCCAGUUUUACAUUAUGUCUACCUAAAUAUGUCCUGAUUGGUCUGUUAUAACAUCAUUGACCUUGUCUUCAUGAGUGCUGGACCAUGAAAUCCACAUAAAGCAUAAUAAUGACACUGCAUAUUAAAACUAACACUUAAACAACAUAACAAUGAUAAUAUUUUCUUUUCUACAAACUUUUAUUUUUUUUGUCAGCAGUGCAAAUUUAAGUCAAAUAUAUCCACAAAAAUGCCCUAAUCUCUCUUCUGUUUCAUGUAUGCAGAGGGCAUGGGAAUGGAAACAGAGGGAUGACGUCUGUAUGAUGAAGCUCAUGUUAUGUAAUCUACUCUUAAUACUGGUGUAGUGACUGUUCAGUUAUACUUCAAAAUAAAACACAUCGACCUGA